AUGACAGAUUUGACGCUGUCGGACAAGUCACAGAAGACCGCCUUCCUCGAUAAGAUGAUCGUGUGCGUGGGCCAAUGUCUCAGCAAGGACUUUGAUGUGCGCUCCUCUAAGAUCGUAGCCGGCCUCGAGCCGGAGAACACCAACCUGCUAUUGCAGGGCCUUGCGCAGGUUGCCAAGGACACGUCGCUCGACUGGAACAAGGCCGUACAGACCGCUCUCGCCAGGGUCUCCUCGCUUACUGCAGAAGGAGAACUGGCACCUGGAGCUGCAGCAGCAGCUCUGGCUGUGGAAGCCCCACCCGCUGCAACGCGUCCAAGCUCGAAUGAUCGCAGCAGCUCCGCCGAAGCCAAGGAGAAGGAAAAGUCACGACGAGAAAGUAAGGCAGAGUCCAAAGGAGGCAGUGAAGGGGAUGCAGCCCCGCCUCGGAGUGCAGAGGAAGCACAUGCUCCACUCGCGCCAUCCAAACAGUCCGUACCCAAGACAAGUCACGCUGCACCGAGCCGUAGUAGUAGCACCAGCAAGAACAUUAACCACGAUGAAGUAUUGCUGCAGAGCGUUGCCAAAUGCAAUGGCGGCAUUGAACGCACGAAAACACUAGUCGAACAGGUGAUCACCAAGCCCAAGGUGUCUCCGAAGCUCCUGGGGAAGCCUCCAUUCCGAUUCCUACACGACGUUAUCUCUGAAGUGACGCGUAUGACCGGAUUUGCUGAAGGACUCUUCUCCGGCGAAGAGCUCGACUCCGGUGCCAUAAAGGAAAAGGGACCAAAGAUGGACUAUCUAACCAAGAUUAUCCUGUGUGUUGGCUGCCAUCUCAAUGUGGAAAUGGAAGCUAAACCUGCCAAGAUCGUCGCAGGACUGGAACCAGAGGCCACGUGCAAGUUCCUGCAGUUGCUGACAGUCGCAUGCAAAGCAGGCAGCUCAAAAGAGGCUGUUCAACGUGUUCUGGCUGGUGACACAGCGGUUCGCAGCUUUGGUUCUAUUGUGAAGAAGCCUAGAAGUCGUGAGCGGACUCCUGAAAUCAAGCAACCGUCGCGUUCCACUACACCACCAGAGAGCAAACAGCGGACAGAGGCUGUGGAGGCCAAGGAGAAACCGAAAGAAGCCGAGCCAGGCAGCUUCUCCGGACCCAAGAAGCCCUUGGCGAUAGGAGGUGGAGACAACGACGAUGUACGCUUCGAAGUAAAGAAUGACGAUGCCGACGAAGGUCUCACCGAAGCGAUGUUGUAUCGUGCUGCUCAUGGUCUGUCGAUGAACACCACUUAUUUCCGGGAUUUAGCGCGUAAGGCGGCACUGGCAAUCUGCAUCAAAGAGAUACAGAACUGCGACGAGACCGGUAUAGCCGCACAAGGGUUCUUCAACAUGCGUGAGCUGUGUCCCAAGGGAAUGUCAGCCAAUGUGCAGCGCUCAUCCGAUCCCGAGAAUGUGAGCGUUUUAGGCUGCAUCAACGCUGACGGAGGGUUCAUUCCUCUUCUGUACAUCUUCGUGGGUACUCACAGGAAGAUGAGCUGGAUGAAGAAAGUCCCUAUGGACUCGAAGUGUCAGGUUACGAAGUCCUCCAACAUAACUAAAACAAUUCUACAGUAG